AUGGAAAAAGAGAACAAUAAUAAUACCAACGAUAUGAAGAUGGUUGAAGUUGAACCUUUGAAUGGCUUCUCUCCAGUCUCUUCAACUAGGAUCUUUUGGAAAUCUAGAAAGAGAUCAGCCAACGGGAGGAGUUCGGACAAGGUAACCGAGAACCCUGCUAAUGAAACACCCGACAAACAGGAAGAAUUUUCCAAUGAUGAAAAGAUGCAGGACCCAAAUACAGCUCCAGAUCUUUCUGAUCGGCGAAAGGCCCUCUUUGAACCAUUGGAACCUGUAACAAAUAUCAAUGGCAAAAGGCCAUCUGCAGAAUCCCUACUCCCUCCACCAGAUUUUGAUGCUGCAAGCUAUCCCAAAGGCUGGCUGAUUGGAAAGAAGCGUAAGCUCGUUAAUGUAGAUGUCGUUGAGAGUAUGAGGAGGAUUGCCGUGCAGGAAAUGAACAGAAAGGACCGAGAAAUUGAUGGCUUAAAUGAGCAGUUGGAAGAAGAUGCACGGUGUCUAGAACAUCUCCAACUCCAACUUCUGCAAGAAAAAAGUAAACGCUCCGAGGUAGAGAGAGAGAAUGCUAUGCUGCAAGACCAGAUAUCAAUGCUGAUGAACAUGCUACAAGAAAAUGAGCCAAUGGGCGAUGAAGAUCUUGGUGAGGGAGGUCCUGAUGGACCUUAA